AACAAUAAGCGGCUGGGCCGGGGGCGGGGCGGGGCCGGGCCGGGGGCGGAGAGAACGCGGGCGGAGGGGCGCGGGCGCAGCGCACCGCCCAGGCAGCAGCCGGCCGCCAGGGUCUGCGCGGCGCGGAGCGGCGCGGCCCGGACCGCUCCAGAGCUCAGCCCCCGCCCCGCCUGGGCCCGCCCCGCUUCCCACGCCCGCCCGGCCGAGCCCGCGCCGGGGCCACCUGGAGCCGCCUGGAGCCGCUGCUGCCGCAGGUUGAUGCGCGGCGCCCUCCCGGGACGCCGGAGGAGCCAUCUUGAAACCAACUUCGCAAACUUUCGCAAAGUGCUUUCGAAGUGGAAGCUGCGGGGAAGGCCGGGCGCGUGGGCUCCGCUGUCCGGGUCUGGGCCCCCGGGGAGGCAGGGCGCGGGUCGCUCCGAGGGCCCGGCACCCGGCGCGAGAGAGCCGUCCCCCGGCCGCGCCGGGUGGAUGCGGAGGUGCGCCGGGUGCAUGGAUUGUGCUCGGGCGCCCGGCUUGGGCUCCGGGCUAUGGCGCCGUCGCCACCGCCCGUGUUGCCCGCGCUGGUGCUCCUGGCCGCCGCCGCCUUACCGGCUCUGGGGCUACCAGCGGCCGCCUGGGAGCUGCGCGUGCCCGGCAGGGCCCGCGCCUUCGCCCUCGGGUACGGCUGGACCUACGCCUUUGAAGCUGCACGCACGCCCCGGGCGUUGAGGGAACUACUGGACGUGAGCCGCGAUGGGCUGCUGACCGCACGGAGGCGUGGGCCGGGCGCGGGACUCCGGGGAUGCGCGCGCUUGGGGGGCCGGUCGCUGCCGCUGCAGGUCCGUCUGGCCAUCUCCGGCGCCCAGACGCCGCAGAGUCUGCCGCUGCUGACGAGCACCCCCGGCCCGGGCUGCGGCUCCCGGCUGCGGCGCCGAUCGGUCCCGGGUGCGGAGCUUCGAGCGUGGACAGUGCUCUGGGUGUCUGGGCUCAGGGGGUCUGUAUGCUUCCCGGACCCUGGCGGCAGCGCGGCUUCGUUGCACUCAGCGCUUACAGUCCUUACAACCUUCCCGGCCUGCAGCUGCCUGCCGCAUCCUGGGUCCCGCUGCCCGCGCCGCUUUCUCUGCCUGCUGCACAGCGACUCGGCCCACCUGCGCUUCCUGUGUGCCCUGCGGGGCGCAGCCCGCGCUGUCGGGGUUGAGCAGGGUUUGGAGACGGUCGCGGGGACGCCCUCACCGCAGCCGUCGUCUCCAAGCCGGCCCCAGGCCCGGGCGGGAGCGGCGCGGCGGGCCCGGCGGGGCGCAGGCAGUAGCACGAGUCCGCAGUUCCCGCUGCCCAGCUACCAGGUGUCAGUGCCUGAGAACGAGCCAGCGGGCACUGCAGUCAUCGAACUGCGAGCGCACGACCCUGACGAAGGUGAGGCGGGGCGCCUGAGCUACCAGAUGGAGGCGCUGUUCGAUGAGCGCUCCAAUGGCUACUUCCUCAUCGACUCUGCCACCGGCGCGGUGAGCACAGCCCGUGCGCUGGACCGAGAGACCAAGGACACUCACGUGCUCAAGGUUAGCGCCAUGGACCAUGGCUCACCGCGGCGCUCAGCCGCCACCUACCUCACCGUUACAGUCAGCGAUACCAACGACCAUAGCCCGGUUUUCGAGCAGUCUGAGUACCGCGAGCGUGUGCGCGAGAACCUUGAAGUGGGCUACGAGGUGCUGACCAUUCGCGCCACAGACGGCGAUGCGCCCUCCAAUGCCAAUAUGCGCUACCGCCUGUUGCAGGGUGCUGGUGGCGUCUUCGAAAUUGACGCACGCUCGGGCGUGGUGCGCACCCGGGCAGUGGUGGAUCGGGAGGAGGCAGCUGAGUACCAAUUGCUGGUGGAGGCCAAUGACCAGGGACGCAAUCCAGGCCCGCUCAGCGCUACGGCCACGGUGCACAUCUUAGUGGAGGACGAGAAUGACAACUAUCCUCAAUUCAGUGAGAAGCGUUAUGUGGUCCAGGUGCCUGAAGACGUGGCUGUGAACACACCUGUGCUGCGGGUGCAGGCCACUGAUCGGGACCAGGGUCAGAACGCAGCCAUACACUACAGCAUUGUUAGUGGGAACCUGAAGGGGCAGUUCUACCUGCAUUCUCUGAGCGGGAGCCUGGAUGUGAUCAACCCACUGGAUUUUGAGACCAUCCGGGAGUAUACCCUUCGAAUCAAGGCCCAGGAUGGGGGCCGGCCUCCCCUCAUUAAUUCCUCCGGGCUGGUCUCUGUGCAGGUGCUGGACAUUAAUGACAAUGCGCCCAUCUUUGUGAGCAGCCCCUUCCAGGCUGCGGUGCUGGAGAAUGUGCCUCUGGGCCACUCAGUGCUGCACAUUCAGGCGGUGGAUGCAGAUGCUGGUGAGAAUGCCCGCCUGCGCUAUCGCCUGGUGGACACAGCCUCUGCUGCCUUGGGGGGCAGCAGUGCUGGUUCUGAGGACCCCACCUCCACCCGGGACUUUCCUUUCCAGAUCCACAACAGCUCGGGUUGGAUCACGGUGUGCGCCGAGCUGGACCGGGAGGAGGUGGAGCAUUAUAGCUUUGGUGUGGAGGCAGUGGACCACGGCUCACCGCCCAUGAGCUCCUCCGCCAGCGUGUCCAUCACCGUGCUGGAUGUCAAUGACAACGACCCCAUGUUCACCCAGCCCACUUAUGAGCUGCGUUUGAAUGAAGAUGCGGCUGUGGGGAGCAGCGUGCUGACUCUGCGGGCCCGCGAUCGGGACGCCAACAGUGUGAUCACCUACCAGCUCACAGGUGGAAACACCCGGAACCGCUUUGCGCUCAGCAGUCAGAGCGGCGGUGGCCUUAUCACCCUAGCGCUGCCGCUGGACUAUAAGCAGGAGCGGCAGUACGUGCUGGCGGUGACCGCGUCUGACGGCACGCGUUCGCACACUGCACAGGUCUUCAUCAACGUCACCGACGCCAACACGCACAGGCCGGUCUUCCAGAGCUCCCACUACACUGUGAGUGUCAGUGAGGACCGGCCGGUGGGCACCUCCAUUGCCACCAUCAGUGCCACCGAUGAAGACACGGGGGAGAAUGCCCGCAUCACUUAUGUGCUGGAGGACCCAGUGCCCCAGUUCCGCAUUGACCCCGACACUGGCACCAUCUACACCAUGACAGAGCUGGACUAUGAGGACCAGGCUGCCUACACCUUAGCCAUCACUGCCAAGGACAAUGGCAUCCCUCAGAAAUCGGACACCACCUCCCUGGAGAUCCUCAUCUUGGACGCCAAUGACAACGCACCCAGGUUUCUGCGAGAUUCCUACCAGGGUUCGGUCUUCGAGGAUGCUCCCCCGUCUACCAGCGUCCUCCAGGUCUCUGCUACUGACCGGGACUCGGGCCCCAACAGCCGCCUGUUAUACACCUUCCAGGGUGGGGAUGAUGGUGAUGGGGACUUCUACAUUGAGCCAACGUCAGGCGUGAUCCGCACCCAGCGCCGGCUGGACCGUGAGAAUGUGGCCAUGUAUAAUCUUCGGGCUCUGGCUGUGGAUCGGGGCAGCCCAGCUCCCCUUAGUGCCUCUGUGGAAAUCCAGGUGACUGUCCUCGACAUUAAUGACAACCCUCCUGUGUUUGAGAGGGAUGAACUGGAGCUGUUUGUAGAAGAGAACAGCCCAGUAGGGUCGGUGGUGGCCAGGAUUCGGGCCAGUGAUCCUGACGAAGGCCCCAAUGCCCAGAUCAUGUAUCAGAUUGUGGAGGGCAACGUGCCAGAAGUCUUCCAGUUGGACCUGCUGAGUGGGGACCUGCGAGCCCUGGUCGAGCUGGACUUUGAGGUCCAGAGGGACUACCUGCUGGUGGUGCAGGCCACGUCAGCCCCACUGGUGAGCCGGGCCACGGUGCGAGUCCACCUCCUGGACCAGAAUGACAAUCCGCCCGAGCUGCCGGACUUCCAGAUUCUCUUCAACAACUACGUAACCAACAAGUCCAACAGCUUCCCCACUGGUGUGAUCGGCCGCAUCCCGGCCCACGACCCUGACCUGUCAGACAGCCUCAACUACACCUUCCUGCAGGGCAACGAGCUGAGCCUGCUGCUGCUGGACCCUGCCACCGGUGAGCUGCAGCUCAGUCGGGACCUGGACAACAACCGGCCACUGGAGGCACUCAUGGAGGUGUCUGUGUCGGAUGGCAUCCACAGCGUCACGGCCCUCUGCACCCUGCGCGUCACCAUCAUCACGGACGACAUGCUGACCAACAGCAUCACCGUCCGCCUGGAGAACAUGUCCCAGGAGAAGUUCCUCUCCCCGCUGCUGUCCCUGUUUGUGGAAGGGGUGGCCACGGUGCUGUCCACCACCAAGGACGACAUCUUUGUCUUCAACAUCCAGAACGACACGGACGUCAGCGCCAACAUCCUCAACGUGACCUUCUCGGCGCUGCUGCCCGGGGGCGUGCGGGGGAGGUUCUUCCCCUCCGAGGACCUGCAGGAGCAGAUCUACCUGAACCGGACGCUGCUGACCACCAUCUCGGCGCAGCGCGUGCUGCCCUUCGACGACAACAUCUGCCUGCGCGAGCCCUGUGAGAACUACAUGAAGUGCGUGUCCGUGCUGCGCUUCGAUAGCUCGGCCCCCUUCAUCAGCUCCCGCACCGUGCUCUUCCGGCCCAUCCACCCCGUCAACGGCCUGCGCUGCCGCUGCCCGUCCGGCUUCACCGGCGACUACUGCGAGACUGAGAUCGACCUCUGCUACUCCAGCCCGUGCGGCGCCAACGGCCGCUGCCGGAGCCGCGAGGGCGGCUACACCUGUGAGUGCUUCGAGGACUUCACGGGAGACCACUGCCAGGUGAACGCCCGCUCGGGCCGCUGUGCCAACGGCGUGUGCAAAAACGGGGGCACCUGCGUGAACCUGCUCAUCGGCGGCUUCCACUGUGUGUGCCCCCCUGGCGAGUACCAGCGGCCCUACUGCGAGGUCAGCGCCAGGAGCUUCCCGCCGCGGUCCUUCGUCACCUUCCGGGGCCUGCGGCAGCGCUUCCACUUCACCAUCUCCCUCGCGUUCGCCACCCAGGACAAGAACGCCCUGCUGCUGUACAACGGCCGCUUCAACGAGAGGCACGACUUCAUCGCCCUGGAGGUCGUGGACGAGCAGGUGCAGCUCACCUUCUCCGCAGGUGAGACCACCACCACGGUGGCGCCGCAAGUCCCUGGAGGCGUGAGCGACGGGCGCUGGCACUCGGUGCAGGUGCAGUACUACAACAAGCCCAACAUCGGCCACCUGGGCCUGCCCCACGGGCCGUCCGGAGAGAAGGUGGCCGUGGUGACCGUGGACAGCUGUGACGCGGCCGUGGCUGUGCACUUCGGGAGCUACGUGGGGAACUACAGCUGUGCUGCCCAGGGCACUCAGAGCGGCUCCAAGAAGUCACUGGACCUGACGGGCCCUCUGCUGCUGGGAGGUGUCCCUAACCUGCCCGAGGCCUUCCCCGUGCACAACCGGCAGUUCGUGGGCUGCAUGCAGAACCUGUCCAUCGACGGCAGCAGUGUGGACAUGGCUGGGUUCAUCGCCAACAACGGCACCAGGGCGGGCUGUGCUGCUCAGAGGAACUUCUGUGACGGGACCUGGUGCCAGAACGGGGGCACCUGUGUCAACAGGUGGAGCACGUACCUGUGCAAGUGUCCGCUCCGCUACGGGGGGAAGAACUGUGAGCAAGUCAUGCCCCAUCCUCAGCGCUUCAGUGGCGACAGCCUCGUGUCCUGGAGUGACCUGGACAUCACUGUCUCUGUCCCCUGGUACCUGGGGCUCAUGUUCCGGACACGCAAGGACGGCGUGCUGUUGGAGGCCACCGCUGGCGUGUCCUCCAGGCUUCACCUCCAGAUCCUGACCGACUACGUCCAGCUUGAGGUGUCCCAGGGCCCCUCCGACGUGGCGUCCAUGCAGCUGUCCAGGUUCCGCGUGACCGAUGGGGAGUGGCACCACCUGCUGAUAGAACUGAGGAGUGCCAAGGAGGGCAAGGACAUCAAGUACCUGGUGGUCAUGACCUUGGACUACGGGAUGGACCAGAACAUGGUGCAGAUCGGGAACCAGCUUCCUGGCUUGAAGAUGAGGAGCAUUGUUGUUGGGGGUGUGUCUGAGGACAAAGUCUCUGUGCGCCGUGGUUUCCGAGGCUGUAUGCAGGGGGUGAGGAUGGGGGAGACCGCCACCAACAUCGCCACCCUGAACAUGAAGGACGCUCUCAAGGUCAGGGUGAAGGACGGCUGUGAGGUAGAGGACCCCUGCGCCUCCAGCCCCUGCCCUCCGCACAGCCGCUGCCGCGACACCUGGGAUGGCUACGCCUGCGUCUGCGACAGAGGGUACUUUGGAAGGAAGUGUGUGGACGCCUGUCACCUGAACCCCUGCAAGCACCUGGCCGCCUGCGUGCGCGCCCCCAGCUCCCCGCGGGGCUACGCGUGCGAGUGCGGGCCUGGUCACUACGGGCAGUACUGCGAGAACAAGAUCGACCUCCCGUGCCCCAAAGGCUGGUGGGGGAACCCUGUCUGCGGCCCCUGCCACUGUGCUGUGAGCCAGGGUUUCGAUCCCGACUGCAACAAGACCAACGGCCAGUGCCAGUGCAAGGAGAAUCACUACAAGCCCCCGGCCCAGGAGGCCUGCCUGCCCUGCGACUGCUUCCCUCACGGCUCCCACAGCCGCGCGUGCGACAUGGACACCGGCCAGUGUGCCUGCAAGCCCGGCGUCAUCGGCCGCCAGUGCAACCGCUGUGACAACCCUUUCGCUGAGGUCACAUCGCUUGGCUGUGAAGUCAUCUACAGCGGAUGUCCCAGAGCAUUUGAGGCUGGCAUCUGGUGGCCGCAGACCAAGUUCGGACAGCCGGCUGCCGUGCCGUGCCCCAAAGGAUCUGUGGGAAACGCAGUUCGACACUGCAGUGGGGAGAGGGGCUGGCUGCCCCCCGAGCUCUUCAACUGCACCACAGGCCCCUUCGUGGGCCUCAAAGUCACGAAUGAGCAGCUGGGCCGCAACGCCUCGCGGCUGGACGGCAGCGGGUCUCUGCGGCUGGUGAAAGCCCUGCGCAACGCCACGCGGCUGGGCGGCCCGCUCUUCGGCAACGACGUGCGCACAGCCUACCAGCUGCUGGCCCGCGUCCUUCAGCAUGAGAGCCGGCAGCAGGGCUUCGAGCUGGCGGCCACGCGCGAGGCUGCCUUCCAUGAGGAUGUUGUCCACGUGGGCAGUGCCCUCCUGGCCCCGGCCACCAGGGCUGCGUGGGAGCAGAUCCAGCGGGCGGAGGCCGGUGCAGCACAGCUGCUGCAGCACUUCGAGGCCUACUUCAGCACCGUGGCCCGCAACCUGAGGAGGACCUACCUGAGGCCCUUUGUCAUUGUCACCGCCAACAUGAUUCUUGCAGUUGACGUCUUCGACAAGUUCAACUUCACGGGCGCCAGGGUGCCGCGCUUCGAGGACAUUCAGGAUGAGUUCCCUAGGGAGCUGGCGUCCUCGGUGUCCUUCCCGGCCGAUGUCUUCAAACCACCUGAGAGGAAAGAAGGCCCUGUGGUGAGGCGAGCCAGCCAGAGGGCCACCCCGCCCACGAUGCCUCCGGGGCCUGGGACUGAGAGGGAGCCCCCCUUCAGCAGGCGACGGAGACACCCCGACGACCCCAGCCAGUUUGCGGUCGCCCUGGUCAUCAUUUAUCGGACCCUGGGCCAGCUCCUGCCUGAGCACUAUGACCCUGACCGCCGCAGCCUCCGGCUGCCUAACCGGCCCGUCAUCAACACACCGGUGGUGAGCGUCAUGGUUCACAGUGAGGGGGCUCCGCCCUCCAGCCCCCCGGAGAGACCCAUCCUGGUGGAGUUCGCCCUGCUGGAAACAGAGGAGCGAACCAAGCCCGUCUGUGUGUUCUGGAACCACUCCUUGGACGUCGGUGGCUCUGGAGGAUGGUCAGCCAAGGGCUGCGAGCUCCUGUCCAGGAACCGGACCCACGUGGUGUGCCAGUGCAGCCCGGCCGCCAGCUGCGCGGUGCUCAUGGACAUCUCUCGGCGCGAGCACGGGGAGGUCCUGCCCCUGAAGAUCGUCACCUACGCUGCUGUGUCCUUGUCCCUGGCAGCCCUGCUGGUGGCCUUCACCCUGCUCACCCUGGUCCGGACACUGCGCUCCAACCUGCACAGCAUCCACAAGAACCUCAUUGGGGCCCUCUUCUUCUCCCAGCUGGUCUUCGUGGUCGGGAUCAACCAGACGGAGAACCCGUUCCUCUGCACGGUGGUGGCCAUCCUCCUCCACUACGUCCACAUGAGCACCUUCGCCUGGACCCUGGUGGAGAGCCUGCACGUCUACCGCAUGCUGACCGAGGUGCGCAACAUCGACACCGGGCCCAUGCGGUUCUACUGCGUGGUGGGCUGGGGCGUCCCAGCAGUUAUCACAGGACUGGCAGUUGGCCUAGACCCCCAGGGCUACGGAAACCCCGACUUCUGCUGGCUCUCCCUCCAUGACAGUCUCAUUUGGAGCUUUGCUGGGCCCAUCGGAACUGUUAUCAUUGUCAAUACCAUUGUUCUUGCCCUGUCGGCAAAGGUCUCCUGCCACAGAAAGCACCAUUACUACGAGAGGAAAGGGGUUGUCUCGCUGCUCAGGACGGCUUUCCUCCUGCUGCUGCUCGUCAGCGCCACCUGGCUGCUGGGGCUGCUGGCCGUGAACGGCGACUCCCUGGGCUUUCACUACCUCUUCGCGGCCUUCAGCUGCUCGCAGGGCCUCUGUGUGCUCCUGCUCCACUGCGUCUUCAACAGGGAGGUCCGGAAGCACCUGAGGGCCGUGCUUGCUGGGAAGAAGCCACAUCCGGAUGACUCGGCCACCACCAGGGCCACUCUGCUGACGCGCUCCCUCAACUGCAACAACACCUACAGCGAGGGGCCCGACAUGCUCCGCACCGCCCUGGGCGAAUCCACUGCUUCGCUGGACAGCACCAGCAGGGACGAAGGGGUCCAGAAGCUCAGCGUGUCCUCCGGGCCUGCGCGCAGCGGCCACAGGGAGCUGGACUCCUCCUUCAUUCCCAGGAGCUCCAAGAGACCUCAUGGCCCCGACUCCGACUCCGACAGCGAGCUGUCGCUGGACGAGCAGAGCAGCUCCUACGCCUCCUCACGUUCGUCAGACAGCGAGGACGACGGUGGAGAGGCCGGGGACAAAUGGGCCCCAGCGCGGGGCCCCGUCCACAGCACGCCCAAAGCGGAUGCCCUGGCCAACCACGUCCCCGCUGGCUGGCCUGAUGCGAGCCUGGCAGGGAGCGACAGCGAGGAGGCGGGCACUGAGCCGCCCCUGAAGGUGGAGACCAAGGUCAGCGUGGAGCUGCACGGGCAGGAGCAGGGUGACCACUGCGGCGACCAGCCUCCAGACCAGAGCAGUGGGGGCCUGGCCAGGCCGUCCGUGCCCAGCAGCCAGCCCCCGGAGCAGAGGAAAGGCAUCUUGAAGAACAAAGUCGCCUACCCACCCCCACUGCCGGGACCGCCACUCAAGUGCCGGCUGCGGGAGAAGCUGGCCGGCUGUGAGCAGAGCCCCGCGUCCUCGCGCACGUCCUCCCUGGGCUCUGGCGACGGGGUCUAUGCCCCUGACUGUGUCAUCACCAUCAAGACCCCUGGGAGGGAGCCAGGCCGCGAGCACCUGAACGGGGUGGCCAUGAACGUGCGCGUGGGGAGCGCCCAGGCGGAAGGCUCCGACUCCGAAGGCAGUAACGAAACUUCAAUUUGAACCAUCAGGAAACCAUGAGGCCAGCCUGUCCACCCCACACAGGCCACCACCGUCCUCAGGCCUUGGACCCUGGAGCCCCAGGGGCUGCUGCUUCCAGAAUGGAGCGGGCCCAGGUGUGAGGGCCCCUGCAGCAGCGGCUCCACAGCAGACGGUCCAGACAUGAAGCCCUUGGCCCUCCCGGGGGACUCAGGGCCCGUCAGACACCCGUGACAAGUGCCAAAGCCACAGGCAUGUUUCAAGGGAGAUGUUGAACCGGGGCCAGCACAGCUGGGUCCUCAGACUGCAGACAGCCAAAACCAUGCUGCUGGCCUGGCCAGGAGGGGCCCCAGCACCAGAGCCAGCAGAGGUCAAGCUGGCCUGUGCAGGAGACACCAGGCUGGGCCUGCUGGCUCUCCAGGGCUUGGGGAGGCCCAGUACAGGCAGGGGCCUGUCUUGGAGCCCUCUUGCAAAGGCGCCCCUUGUCUUAAGGCAAAUUGCUCUGCUAUAUUGAAAAGGUGGAAACACUGUUAUGUAUUUGUCCUGGACUUGAAGACAAAAAACCUGUGUAUACUUUGCAUUUGGACUUGGUUGUUACCGGGGUCUGUAGAGUGAAGACUGCACAGUUGUACUUGAAUUUGGAAUGCGCUGACGCCGCUGGCGUCCCAGCCUGUCAGAGGUGGGGGUGUUCCUGCAGCGAGCUAGUCCUCACAAGUUCCUGCACCUGCUUCCAGCAUGAGCAAGGAUGCACGGGCAUCGCAGCUGGCCUCCAAAACCACAGCACGCUCACGUGCUGCCUUUCACCUCCCUCCAUGCACGCUGCCCACAGUGCCACCUGGGACCAGCUCCCUCAAGGCGCCUGCUGAGGGCAGGGUGGACCGUGGCUGCCGCAGCAAUCUCACCACCCACCAUUCCUGACUGCCAUGCUACUGCGCUUGGGAGCCUGGUACUGCAGGCAGGGAAUUCCUUUGUCCCCUAACUCCUGCUUCCGGGGAAUCUCAAAGCAUUCAUACAUCCCAACCCAGAAGGAGCUGCAAGGCCUUCAGGAUGUCACAUCCUCCUGCCAGCUUCCUGGUUAGACUGAGCAGCUGCGGUGCCAUCCCCAAAGUCUGACCAAUUACAUCACUUUGCUUCAGGUGGUCAGUUGUGCAGAAGGACAAAGCUGCAGCACUCUUUGCAAUGGCCACCAUGCUGUCUGAAAACUCGUGAAGCACUGAUUGUCCCUGAGAGCCAUGGCACAGCAUGGCCCGCAGGGCCAUGGGACAGACCCAGAAUCAUUCAGAUGCUUAUUUCAGCAUGUCCUGUGAUCUUCAAAUCAGGUGCCCAAAUAGGUGACAGUACAGCUGCUUCCAAAUAUGAAAAGCUGCCAGUCGGUGAAAGGCAGCUCCUCUGCCCGGAACGCACGCCCUGACCUCGGGCCAGGCAGGAGUGCGCGCCUUGGGGGGCUUCAGAGGGAGAAGGGGCGCUGUGUGCCGUGUGCCUGCUGCACCCCAGCUGCACGGCGCCCCUGGAGGUGUAGUUCUUAACACGAUCAAAAACGUUACCAAAAAAAUCGUUUUGCUAAGACAGGAAAAACUUAAACCUAUUUUUAUGACUUAAGACUUUGUAUGAGAUCAGACACUGGAGGUUUUUAACGCUUGUAUUUAUUAAUGUUCAAACACUGGAAAUGACAGCGCCCUGAGGAGAGUCCACAAUAAAUCAAGACGCUGAGCCUGUCCCUCUGCUGUGCUGCUUCCCCCAGCUCCCCUCCCCAAGGCGGCGUGAAGGGACCUCCUCCAGCUGGAGGCACAGGAGGCCUGCGUCACCGAAGCUGGGAAAUGUCUAGCCUUUGGUUGUUUCCUUUGUUUCCCUGCCCACGCUCCUCCUCUCCUGGUCCCCCGGUGACAGCGUCAGACCUGGUCCAGCCCAGGCCCCUGCCUUGCGCAGUCUCACCUCUCCCACUCUGGAGCUGAUGCUUCUGGCAGUCAGUCCUCAAGCUCAGCUGCGUGUGCCCUUUUCUAUUUGUUUUUAUUCAAACUCUGUACCCCUCAGUUCUGAAGUCCCGUGGCUCCUCUCCACACUUGGCCUUCUCUCUGUGGGCCAUGCAGUGGCCGGCACUGUCCUUUUCCUUGUUAACAGGAGCCCAGCAUCCUAAGGCUGCACCCUGUCCCUUGUUUUUCUCUGCCAUCCCCCAGGCCUGUGGCUCGGUGAUUUCAGGGAACCCUGCAUCAGCACUGGGUCAUGCUGGACUCCGGGCAGGCUGAAGCCCUGGCUUUAGAUGUCCCUUGUUCUGAGCAAGCCACCAGGUUAGGUCCUGCCAGUUCCACCUGCCCUGAUGGUGGGUCCCGCACCAGCCCCACUGCCAGGGGACUGCUUCUCCAGUCCUCACCUGCUGGGCCCCACCUGACAACUCCAGGGGCCUUUAUCCCAGAUUCUUUAUCCAGAAAGAUGACUUCUCCCUGAGUUCCAGCCACCUGCAGUCUCAGUCCCCUCCCAAGACCUCUCCAGAAGCCCCCACCCCGGCCCAGAGGGGAAAGCAAUCCAGAGACGCUCCAUACCAACGGUCACCCAACUCCUCAGAGCGCUCCAGUGGACAAGGCAGCACUUGCCUCAGCCCCAAGCCAUGCUCCCAGGAAAGCGCAGGGUUCCGCUCCUGGGCUUCACCUAUGGACUCCUGGGUCUCGGACAGCUCUCUGCCUUCCCCAACGAAAGGGCUCAGGCCCCAGAGAGGGGAGGCCAGGCUGCCUCUGGCUCUUCCCUCGCAGUCCACCUGCCUUCCAUUCCAUCAGUGCUGAGCCCCUCAACAGCCCACCUCGGCCUCGCAAGCCCCUGGACACUGUGGUCAGACUCCUCGUGCCAGUCAGACUUUUUAUUCAAUACUGUCCCUGUAGUGUCUUUGCAGGGCAACCAUCCCUGGGGGUGAGUGAAGGAGAGACUCUGCGAACAGGGCCCUGGGCCAACCCACUGGCCAUCAAAUGCUGCUCUGGCUUCAGGGCCUUCCUGGGGCUGCCCUGGUUCAGGUCGCACCAAGUCCGUCACUGCCCUGCCGAGCGCACGCUGCCUAGCCCCAGGCUCUGCUCUCACAGGCGUCCUCCCUGCAGCUUGGCUCCCGUCAGGGUGCGGGUCGCGGGCCUGGGUCUUCGCUGGGGCCCUCGGGAGACGCUCUGGCUCUGCUCUUGCCCUUCUGGAGUGUGUAGGCCGAUGGCCCCAGGCGCAGAAUCUUCCCGCUGCCCAGGCACUCGCCUCCUUUGUAGAACACUGCGAACUGCAGAAGAAGCCUGGAUGCGGCGGCGGCACGGGCUUGCGGGCCAGAGGUGGCCGUCGGGCUGGCCAGGCCUGCUUCAGGCUCUCCAGAGCAGAGGCCGAGGCACUUGGCCGUGUGCGGACAGCCGCACGCCUGGCGGCCUUCCUGCUGGUGACCCCACAGUCCCCACGCCCACCCCACUCACCUGCCCCAGGGCGAGGGCCCGCACAGCCUUCACAGCAGUCACCCACACGGUGCCAUCCUGAUUGAGGGUCAGCACACAGGGCACUGGGGGGAGAGAGGGGCCUUGAAGCAGGACAGAGGCCUCAGCCCCAGGAUGGAGCAGCGGCUGUUCUGGGGGAAGAACCUGCUCAGACACUCUCCAGAAGCCCCUCUGCCAGGGCAGGGUAGGGCAGCGGUCAGGGGCUUGGCUCUGCCCCCAGCGCACAGACAACAUACCACCUGCCACGGCCGCCUCACCACAGAGCCAUGGUUGCACCCAAGGCCCCUCUAGGGCAGACAGAGGUCAAGGGAGCUUUGAAAGAUUACAUAAUCUCAACAAUGGGGGACUGUCCUGCCCAAGGGGCUCUGGCCCAAGUCUGACCCAGGGACCUCAGCUCCAAAAGACAGCCCUGCCUGAUCACCUAGUGCCAUCUGGUGGCGGAAUCGGAAGUGGCACUCCAUCAUCUUAUCGCGGACUAGGGCGGCAGGUGGCUCCUCCGCGAUCCAGUGCACCCGGCUGGUCCGCAGCAGGUCCCUGUACAAGGCUGGGUGGUCCGUCCGGGGGGCCUGCAGGAGUGGAAGUCUGUGGCGCCUUCCAGCCUUCAGGGGGCAGUCUGGACGCCCAAAGCCCACCUUGCCAGCACCAUGGUAACCAAAGACCCUAACGGCAAAGGAGCAUGGACUGGUGACAGGCACCGAACCGCCCCUGUUCUGCAGACCAGGAAACAGGCACAGGAGCCAAGGGAACCUGCCCGUGGCAGGUGGCAGGGGCAAGAGCUGAGCCCGCGUCCACAGGCAUUCUCUCCUCCCUCAGCCCAGCUCCUGCCACCCGCUCUCUGAGGACUGGCUUUCUGUUACCAGGGACGGGGCCAGUCAUGCCAGUGGGCUUUCAAGGAAAGAGGGCUGGGGGAGGCCUAGGGCUGUGCUUGCACCAGGGCUGCCCUGAGAGGCCAGGUCACCAGGGCUGCUCUGAGACUCUGUUCCCACCACCGCUUGUCCCCUGGCCUCUGCACCCAGAACCAUGGCACUCCUAGGACUGGGCCACUCUACCCGAGGGCAGGACCAAGAGCACCAAGCCCAGGGGCACUGAGACCACAAGGCGCGGUCAGGCAGCAGCACCUCCCGGGCUCCUCACACGGCUCUUGGUGGAAGGAGAUGUCCUGGCUGGCAGGCGAGGUCUCCUGGCCUUGAACUGCCCUCAAGAGAAGGCCCCAGGAUUCGCGGUGGCAGGAGGUUUUCUGGGAUCAUUUGUCAGGAAAGGGGGCUGUCCUGUGCUCUUCAGGCUAUUCGGCAACGUCCCUGCCUUAACCACUGGAUGCCAGCAGACCUGGCCCCCCACGCCCAAACUGACAGCCCAAAGUAUCUCCAGACACUGCCAAUGGCCCCUGUGGGGGUGGGAGACUCAUGUCCUUUGAGAAGCUCUGCUCUGGAGCCUGGGCAACAAGCCAAGGCCAGGAUGGCUCAGGGCCCCACAUGGCAGAUAGCCGGGCCUGGUCCUGGCUCAGUCACCAGUUUCUGACCCACAAGGACUUCUGGGAUGCUACCACCACAGCCACAGCUGUGGCUGCCUCUUCCUUUCCUCAUGACCUUGCAGGUCACUUCAUCUCAGUCUCCUCCUUGUUCACAAAAUCAGAUAAGCCGCACUCACAGCGGCUGCAGCGACUCGUAGGAACCCGCACACAGCAGGAGCCUAGUGCAUGCCUCGACCAGAACCCAUCUGCUCCCUGGCCAGCGCUGGGAGGCUGCGGAGGGGAGCUGACGCCUGUGCCAGGCAAACCCCACUCACCACAAGCACGUCGCCCUUGGCAGCGUCCUUCUCCACCACGUACCAGGGCUCCCUCAGGCCGCUGAUCUUGGCUCUCUGGCCCAGGGUGUACAGGAACCAACCUAAGGACAGAGAUUCUCCUGAGACCCGGGGACGAGGUUCUCAAGGGCACAGCACAGCUUGUGGGGGCAGCAGGUGGGCCCCAGGGCGACCCAGAAACGUCUGCAGUGGCCUGGGCUCACUCGGAAGCUACGCUCCUUAGGGCACAGCUGCACACGUCCCAGCCUCGUCCAGCCCUGGGCUGGACACAAGGACUGUGACAGGGGACGGAGAUCACACCUCACACCUGGCACGAUGCCCAAGGCCAGGCCCUGCCAUUGAACCCUGGUGCGCCUGCAGCUCUCACGGGCAGGACCAGCGUGGCCUGCAAGUGCGCCCCCUGCUUUGGGGCUGCUGGCUUCUUGGUACCCGGCUCUCGGCACGUCCCACUCCCCCGUCACGGGUCCCCGCUCGCCUGUGCCUCCUCUGGAUGCAUGUGUGCAGUCAGAGGUGCCCUGACAAGAGCUGCCACCACACUCUGGGCACAGAUUAAACAGGAGUCUCCAGCUGCCUGCUGCUGGAGGUGGCGGCUCUGUCCCUGGCAAGGUCAUGCUCAGGCUGCCUGCUCGCUCCCCCUCUCCUCAGGAGGCGGGCAUUCUCCAGAGCACACUCACUGACACGCCGUCAGAGCACAGCCCCGUCCUCCCGGGCAGCACCACAGGGCAGAGGCGGCUGAGUCAAGACUGCCUGGGUGUUGUAUCCCCGUCACCCACACAGACAGUGCCACCUGUGCCCCAUGCCCAGCACUGUGCAGGUCACAGUGGACCUGCCCAUAGGGUCUGCAAACAUGAGCAGCACCCAAGGAGCAGCGGCCCGAGGGCGCCUGGCCCAGGCUGCAGGCUCCUGCCGCCCGGCCGUGAUGCCCACACCCUUCAGCGGAGCAGACUUUCUGCAGUUCCACAUGUCCCUUGACCAGUGAGACACUCACCUACAGGACUCUUCACAGGGGAGACUGCAGCCCCCCUCAGGUGGCAGCUUUGUGUCAAAUCCAGAGUUUAGAAGGAGACGGCAUGGUGACAUACACGCAGCCCCGUACCCCAGCCUGAGCCCCCAGGCCUUCAGUGACUCCAUCUUGUUCCCAGGGCCAGCACGCCCCUCACAGCUGGAGAUGCUUAGGGAAGGAGCCAGAGGCAACAACUCACCUUUGUGUGUUCCGAGAACUGUAUUGUCCUCAAUGGAAAUAAACCUCCCAGGUCGAGGCUGCAAAUACUGGAAGACAAACAUCCCGUUACUAACGGUGAUCCAGCUCUGGAGCUGAUGCACGACCACCAAAGUACACUCACCUGAAGGAUGAAAUGCUCAAAAUUCCUUUUCCCAACGAAGCAGAUGCCCAUGCUCUGAAACGAGAGGAGGUUGACAGGAGAUGAGUGGACGGCAGCAGGUUCCUGUGCCAAGAGGGCCUGGGCCAGGAGCGGAGGCUGCCCUGGCCUCACUACGCAGCACAGUUCUGGGCCAGGGACCUGGUCGCCUCCUCCAGCACCCUCAGACACGAGGCACAACCCGCAAGCAGGACCUCAGGGGCUUCAGGAAUGUCUCACUGUCUUAUCCUACUCAGGUUCAGGCCCCUGAGCAUGGACACUGCAGUGAGCAGCACUGCCCUGUUGCCAAGCCCCGCGGGGCCGGGUCCAGGCUACAGGAAGGAACCCUGUCCAGCCCCAAGAAGGCACAGGACCAGGGCUGGAGCUGGGGGGCCCGGCCCCGGGCGGAGGCAGCAGGGAGAGCCCGGGAAGACUCCUCGGGACCGACUGUUCCCCACACAGGAAGGCCUGUGAGCCAGCACCUAUUCUUUGGCUCGUGUCCCUCCAGAACAUGGGCCUUGGAAGGUAGGGCCUGUCCCACGCGUCCCGGCAAGUCCCUCAGCUCCCACCAUGGAGCAACUGCUGGAACUGAGCAGCAGAGGAGUGAGGGAGGAGGGACUGCCCGUUCCUGAGAGGAAGCCCGAGUGGUGAGUGGGCAGGCUCGGCAGUGGCUCAGGAGGCUGACCCUGCAGUGCCCUCACCCCACACUCAGCCCCUGGCAUAUGGCUGCACCCCAGUCACACCACCACUCCUGGCCCCUCACCCCAGGGCCUUUGCCCAUGUCCUUCCCUCCACAUGAACUUUUCCCACUAAUCUCCCCUGUACUUGAGCUGGAAGUUACACGUGAUUCCCCCAGGGCCCUUUCUGGGCACCUCUGCCCCUGGGCGGACCUGCACCCCACUGGUCCUCUCAGAAUCUCAGCCCUUCCUCCGCAGGUGUCUGCUAGGUUGAUGACGACAUGUCUCAAAAGUCUCUCUCCCCUUCUCCACUGCCAUCUUGGGGAAGGCAGGAAAGGACUGUGUGCCUGUCACCAUCUCCUCGGGCUUCAGCAGCACAGGGCCUGGCACAAAAGCGACAUGCGAUGUGCCAGCCAUGGGAUGAACGGGAGCUUCGCGCACAGACGGCAGCAGAGGCAGCUGGGGGCCCAGGCAGGGAAGCAGGAGCGCCAGGGCAGCCUCUGCGCCUGCAACGCUCCAGCCUGCUCGACGCUGGAUGCCAGGUGAGGAGCCCCGGCUCCCCUUCUCCCUGCGCCUGGCCGCGGAGGCGGGUGUGCCCGAGGCAGAGGCUGAGGCAGAGGCAGACUCCCCGCGCCUACCUCUUUCUUCUGGAGCACAUGAUGGAGUCUAUUCUCAGCAGCUAUUUUCUUUACAAAAUCCUUCGUUAAUCCCCCUAGAGGGAAGAUGGUUCUCCUCAGGGCAUCCUGGGAAACCUGGCUGAGAAAGAAGGUCUGGUCUUUAAAGCUGUCAGCUGCUUGGAGAAGUUUUACCGCUGCCAAGAGUAAAGAACAAAAGAUGUUGCAGGAAUAAAAAUAAUGACUUUGCCUUUAGUAACGUCCUUCUGUUCACUUAGCCACCCCUGGUCUGUCAGAAGCAGAAACCGAUACCCAACGGCAGACCACUGGGAGGAGCCGCCAGUGAAAACGCUCGCCCCCAUCUACCUACCACAAGAAAGUCACAGGGCAGGCAGGCUCUAACGAUGGGGACAUUAUUCCAGUUCAUAAUGUGGACUGUAAGAGUUUCGAAGAAAAACAUCGCAGGAAAAACACGGAAUGAGAAGGGGAAGAUACGAGCCCAUGCCCCUCCGCCCCCAGCGGGCAGCUGGGCAGGCCAGAGGUCGGCCUUCAGCCGCACACCGGGCCUCAGGCGGGACCACAGCAGGCGCACGGGCCACGCUUGCUUUCUGCUCAAGGGCUCUGUCUGGAGGCCACAGUGACACUCACAGCCGCGUGCUGUUUCCCAGACAGGCUCCACUUAAUUGUAAAGAACAGCUCUAGCGCCUGCAGAGGCGUGAGUGAUCUGGAACCCUGGUUCUGAAAAGAAGGUCUGCUCCCAACUCUGGGCCACCUGGGUGGGGGGCUCAGCCACUGGCACGGGAGCUGCAGGCUCCCCACGCCACCCAGCAACCCCUGGAACUCAUCAGCUCAGAACAGGGAGCGACCUUACAACUCCUCUCGCCCUCUCACCUCUGGGGCUGAGCACAGCAUCACGGUCACACACACAGCCCGCCACGCACGUGACAGGCUUCAGUGGCACUACAGGCUUAUUUUUAAAUUUUUUUGGUACCAGGGAUUGAACUCAGGGGUGCUUAACCACUGAGCCACAUCCUAGACCUUUUUGUUUGGGACAGGGUCUCACUGAGUUGCUUAGGGCCUCGCUAAGUUGCUGAGACUGGCUUUGAACUCACCAUCCUCCUGCCUCAGCCUCCCGAGUGGCUAGGAUGACGGCUGUGCAGCACACAAGCCAUGCAGGCAUUAUGUCAGCACAGCGGUGCGGCAGUGUGGCUUCUGCGGGGCUCACAUUUCCACCCGCCAAUCCCCACGUUAGAUCCUGAGGUGACUUGUCCCCAUUUAACAGUCGAGGAAGCGGAUGCUCAGAGAACUGAAGUGACUCGCCCAAGACAACGCAGGAGGAGAACGCAGAGCUGGACACAGUCAGUCCCGACUUCUCUCCCCACCAUGUGACAAAACAUCGGGACCAGCCCACACGAAACCAGCCCAGUCUGCCACACAGGUGAGCAGACUCACUUCCCAAAAUUCUACUUUUUGUUUCAAAACUAAAUUCUGCCAAAUACCGUGAGUGCAAAGUCCUCUAAAUACGAGGAAUUCCAAUUUUCUUAGUUCUGAGACACUUUAUAAAACACACUAAACUCAUGGAUUUCUGUGCUUCUGUAGGAAGGAAGCUGGCAACCCAUGGCUCCUGCAGAGGAGGCCAGGGAGCAGCUGAGCUCGGGCGCCGCCUGCUGGCCUGGUCUGCUCUGCCUGGCCACUGGUGCUGCACUGCACGCACAUGAGGGGACCAGCCAGGCCAGGGUCACCAUAUCAGAACACAGAAAGCUCUGGCAUGCCUAGCACACAACCAAAGUACUCCGUGACAUCACUGUGCUGACGCUCCUGGCAGAGCCUCUGAGUGAGCAUGGCCUGGAUGACAUAGGGGACAUACAGGCCUGCGUGCUCAGCUGGGGAAGUGACCCAGCUGUGGGUCCCAGGAACUCACACUGACAAGGCCCACUGUGGAGCUCCCAGUCAGUAGACUGCGCCUCAGUCACCUGCUCCAUGGGCUGGGGUUUCUGUGGUGCGCCCAGGAGUGGGAGCAGGGGACAGAGGUCCCACAGGUGGACACAGCAGCUGAGCUGGCACAGAGGGAGCCCUUCCUUCUGACAAGGGCCCAGGCUUUUCCAUCUGGGCUGCCGAGUACCUCCACUUGGAGAAAGGAAGGAAAGAGAAGGGCGGCCAGCACUGCAGCAAGCUGGCACCCAGGACACAGUGCACACCACACGGUCACUGCUGCCCUCAAAACAGGCUCCGUGACUGGCACGGCAGAUGGAGGAGGGCUGAGGGAGCAGGCACUGACACCUGGGGUGCCCAGGUCAGCAACUUUACCAUGCCUCAGGCUCCUCAUCUGGGAAAUGGGGUGCAGCUCGUCAGACUGCGAGGAGGCACAGAGUAGAAAGCGUUCCCUCUUCUGGUCCCCACCCCCAGGCAGGGAGGUGGUGGGAACCAAAGCCAAACUGAGACUGCUGGGUGCCUGGGGCAGGCUGCUGGCUGGCCAUCACGGAGAAAUGCCAACCUGCAGCCACGUCGUGCAGCCCAGUCCUCGCACAAGUGUGGCCCCGAGCCCCGCAUUUCACUCAGCAAUGGUGCGAUCUCCUCCUUUCCACACACAAAUGAAGGUACAGCAGGACAAGCCAGAGGUGUCCCUGCUCAGUCUGGCAUCUGUCUUUCCCCAAAGGUGAAACUGUUUUUUCCUGACAUUUAUAAACCACUCUGAAUAUACAUCUCUGUGUACAGCCUCAAGAUGGCCCCCAGGCCUACCCACUGUGUCUGUUCCCUGAAUGGGGGUCACACCAGUCUUGAGCUGCAAACCUUGAUGCAAAGAAAGCUUUGGCUAAAACACAGCACCCGGUGAUCAUGGUCAAAUGUUUCCCCACAGAGCCCUGGAAUAUUCAGAUGACCAACACACAAUGUCUAGAACUGGAUUCUAAGUUUCUACUUUAGUUCCCCCAGCCCUUGCUCUGGCACCUGACUGGGAAAUCUCUUACUGCAGGGUCACAGGCCCUUGGGGAAGUGACCCUGUUGGCAACUGCACCUUUCAAAUGUGAACCCAAAACCGACCAGUUACUUAGAAGCACACAGAGAAAGAGGGCUGGCAUGCUCGGACCCAACUCCCGUCACUCUUCAAAAUAUUUUACUCUGCUCACAAAGAAUUAAGUUUUGGUCUGGGCACAUGAACUUACGAUUUCUAACUUCAAAUCGGUUUCUGAAAAGCCCUUCUGGCCUCUUAAUAUGCUUCUGCUGGAAGACUUCUUCAUCCUCCAGUGAAGUUCUUGCGUAGUGGCCUGUGGCAACAGCAUCUGCUCCUGGGAGGUUUUAAAAACAUCAGGAUCCAGCGUGAGACUCAAAUUCGCCAGCCUCGGUCAGCACGAGACAAGGGUGCUGAAAGCAGCACGCAGACCUGCACUCCUAUGCUGAUGGCCUGCAGGGACCAGGCACCACCCUCCAACAUGGAGGUCCCAGGGAGCGGAGGCCCUGCUACAGCUGCCUAAGUGGGCUGCCCUCAACUCUGGAUUUAAGCUGAUACAACCCUGCCACAAACUUUGACUAUGUCUUUAAGAGCUUGUAAAAAGUUAAGUACUGAUUCAUUCAUUCUAGGUUAAGGAAAUAAUCCGAUAUACAGAUUUAAACACAAAUAGCUCAUUUCGGUCAGCAUGGUGACACACCUAUAAUCCCAGCUACUCAGGAGGCUGAGGCAGGAGGACUGCAAGUUCAAGGCAAGUCUCAGCAACUUGGUGAACCUGUCUCAAUUAAGAAUUUAAAA